CUGCACAAAAGUUGUUCUAAUCCACACGAAUUUGUUUAAACGUUUGCGAAUAUUCACCUGUUCGAGAUGUAGUUUUUUCCGCAAAUCGCGGCGAUUGGCAACUACGCGCUUUGCGGUAGCAUAACGUUCCCCUCACUCGUUGACCACGGCUACUUGAUGUAUCGGUAUGAAGCGAAAUUCACGCUUUCGAGAAGAGUACGAACGACACUGGACAACAUAUGAUUUGUGUACUUAGCUUCACCGAGGGAUUUUAACAAGAUCUUGGACAUGACUGAUGGAAAAGUCCACGGAACAGACUGUUUCGAGGUCGAUUCGGUAAGUUAAGAAAACUUUCAAAAACUUUACCGAAAUUUACAAAGUUUUCGGGAGGCUAUCUAACCGGCGCCUGCGAUUUGUCCCAAUCGAGAAUUAUUCUGGUUUAAGUUAUUUCUCUUUUGUAUAUUUGCUUUUAACACUUCAUAAUAACGCUUCUGAGUUCUGUUUAAAAUAUUUGCAGUUUCUUCAGAAGAAUGAAUUGUCUAAGCUUUACCAUGUCAGGCACAAGGAAACCAGUAUGUUUUACACCAUGGAAGUUUCACCGCGGGAUAGCAGCUCUAAAGCGCCGAUUAGCCCUUAUGUGCAACAACCCACGACGCGUUUCUCUCCAUUCUUGGUUAAUUUGCAGUUCACGUUUCAGACACGGUCGAAAUUCUACUACAUUUUGGAUUUUCCGGGAAAGGAAACUCUCUCGCAGCGCGCUAAAUCAUUUGGCGGAACAUUCCCGGAACCGCAAGCGCGGUUUUACGCCGCAGAGAUUUUGAUAGCUUUGGAGGAAUUGCAUAAUUUUGGUCUUGCUUACAAUGAGCUAUCCCUGGACACAGUGUAUGUUGAACCUAGUGGACAUGUAAUGCUGUGGCGAAAUUUUUGUGGCAAGUUUUAUUGGAGUAAACGAGAAUGCGUUUGCUCGCUUCAUGGAUUUUCCCAUGGUGACCCGUGUAAUAACAACCACGAACCCAAAAGUGAUUUUGAUUUUCAAGAGGACUGGAGAACUUUUGGAAGUGUGCUCUAUACCAUGCUGACUGGGAAAAACUCUCCAGGUUGUGUGACAAAUGACCGGUAUGUACAACACCUAGAAGUCUAGUUUUAUCGAAAACCUCAUGUAAAGCUAAUGACCUUAUGGUUUAUACUUUUAAGAAGUAAUUAGCACCUCAUUCGUUGCUCAUUAGUGGUACUUGAUAAAGCUCUCUGGUGCUUCGGUGACCUAAAAGGCUGUUCUAAGCUUUUCUUGUCUUAUCUUUAAACUAUAAGUGUGCUCUGAGGCUAUUGCAGUGCAUGGUUUGUUUGGACGGUUUCCGACAAAAACUUGACCAUUCAGUUUCGUCUUGUAAGAGUAAUUGAUAUAAUUGCCGUUCAGUGCGAGACAAAAGUUGUUAAAAUACUCAAGAACCACUUUGCCGAACGAACCCUAUCGUUUUACGUCAAGAUGUUAGAAAUUAGAAAACUUCACGAAUUCCUGUUGCAGUUGGUUAAACUCAAGAGCUACAGGCUCAACGUUUUCCCUAAUUUCUUAAUUAGAUAGGAGGUUUUGGCCGACGAAAGUUUCUUUUAGUGGUUUGGUCAGUGUAUUAUGCUAUUCAUAUUGCCCAAUCAGAUAAUAACCAAGUAUUUCCUGCCCUUUUACUUGCUCAAGUCAAUGCCUUUGAAAUAAAACGCCAUGUAACCCUAAAUAAGGUGAACGAUAUUAUUUGUUGUUAUUUUGAACGGUCGAGUUUUAUCUCUGACGCUAAUUAAUGAAGUAUAGCUGCUAAACAAAAAACAAUUGAUUCUUGCAUGUCUUUCGACUGGAAACCCAGUAGCCAUAAAAAAGAAAGCAAAAGAAUCUAUAAAACUCGUCAAAAAAAAUGGGCGCGCGAACCCAGUACUUCUGCUCCGAAGAUUACACUUUAACGCCUUGGUCUACGAAGACAAUAGAAUCGGACUUAAAGACUUUUCACACAGACUUUGACAUACAGUGCGCACAGGCUAAGCCAGUAAGCAUAAAAACGAAGCACGUUUCGAUCGAAAAGCUUCCGUGACUCUGCCCUGGUGAUGUUUUUUUUCCGCCAUGAAAUCUAGAAAAACAGAGCCCUGCCCAAGUCUCCGUCAGUUAUGACUAUAAAGUGCUUAACGCUAUCAAAAUAAAUAAAACCUUUUUGUUGAUUUAUUUAGGUACAAUUGUGUAAAAUUGACGUAAUUAGAUCCGUUUACGUGACGUUUCUGUUCAAACACUCGAAAAGUAGCGAAGAAUUUUCUAUGACGGAGGACUGGAGUUCCGAUUGGCUUAGCUAGGUUGAGGUCUCACAUAUACAGUCGACUCCCGAAAACUCGAACCUUCAAGGGAAAUCGAAAAAAGUUCGAGUUAUCGGGAGUUCGAGUUGUCGAGGGUUCGAGUUACCAAGGGUAAAAUUACAGUGAAAGUAGGACGGAAAUCCAGGGGAAAUCGAUUUUGGUUCGAGUUAGCGCGAGGUUCGAGUUAGCAAGGGUUCGAGUUAUCGGGAGUCGACUGUACAGCUAUUUCGAAAAAGGUUUCCAUCUGCAAAACGCAGUAGGUAAUACCAGGACGGAAGGAAAUUUGGGUGCAAUGAUCGUGAAUUCUUAAAACGCAGUACGUGCUCCUUGUAAAAAAGUGUUGAGCAAAUGGGCUGCUGAGGAAAAUUAACAAGAGCUGGAGCAUUCUUCAUAUCAAGAUCAACUGCGAAAUGUUUCGCGUUUCGCAAGCGUGGAGGAGCUCAAACAGCAUCUUCUGAACCACUGCAAAUGGCGCGCCGGCGAAGAUCGUUACUGUAAGGUUUGUCAUCAUGAACAGUUUACGUGCAUUUGUUUUCUGCCAAAGUAAAAUGCAAAUAUUGCGUUCUUCUAACAAUAUCGUAAUUGUAUUGGGUCACGGUAUUGCUUACUGCGCUUUGCUGAUGCCAACGUUUUUUUGACUUAGCUGUGUAAGCUAUUUAGCUAGGUCUUGGUAGAUAUGUGGUUAUCUUAAAUGGGGUCUUCUUUUAUUGUGAUAAGUUACCUUAGAGGACAGGACCUAAUCCAUUGUAUAAAACCUGAACCAUUUGUUCAAGUUAGCGUACUUCAAACCAUAUAACUAGGUUCACUCUAGAAUUCUCUGCUUUAUAAAUAUCCAUAUAAAAACGACUUCCGUAAAGGCGUCAUGCUACGGUUUCUGCAUCUUGAAAAAUUUUAGGUUGAAUUUUCAGUACACGUUUGACGUCUAUAAUCCAUGUUAAUCUCAUCCAUUCGUAACCCUUAACCCUCUUUCCUGUUUUUCUAUUUCACUAAAUCAAUAUUUUGAAGUUUCUUCACUUCCAGAUAACUUAUUUUCAAAAUAGCAAAAACUGAAUGACACGCAUAUUUUUGUGAAAUUUAGAUCAUACUUUAGUAAAAGAAACGUACACUUGUUAACCUUGACUCUCAAUGUAUCGGGAUUUUCAGACUUUCGUUUUAUUUGACUAGCAAUUUAUUUUGCUUUUUUUUUUUCAUGUUCAGUUCCCUCUCUGUUUCCGCCAGUGAUUUGAUCAGUAGACUGGUGCGAGGCGAAGUAUGUCGUAGUGAGCAGAUUCAGUCUCACCCAUUUUUCAAGGGCGUUAACUGGAACGAGGUAAGCUGUACUCAAUUUUCGUACACAGAGUCCUCGGGAUCUUUGAUCAGCGGGUGGACGCCAAAAAUGAUCACCUGCCUACCAAAAAGCCCGAGGACUCUGGACACGGGAUUGCAUGAGUAUUUCCGAUUUACACCUAGGCGCUAAACCGAUGACACAACCCGAAGUGCUCGCUUUGGUCUCAAAGGGAUUUUUGUAACCUUCAACCGUUGGCUUUGUGAUCAUUUAGAAAAGCUUGCAAAGUUCGGCGUUUCAAGCAGAUUGAUUGCUUCUUUCAAAUGGCGGGUUUUCACAGAAAAAAACUACCUCGAUGCGCAGUGGAUCUAGGAGACAUAAAGGCCUUGAAACCAUUUUUAAGUUGUGUUAGUAGGUUUGUCUCCUCUAAAUUUGCGGGUUUUCGGCUCAAGUGUCUUUUACUUUUAAAUAGCGAUCGUUAGCCCCGAACGUUCGGUUUUUCGCGUUUCUACUUUUGCAUUUAUUUUCGUUUUUGCUGUGUUCGUCCAUUAAUGAAAAGGUUCUUGAUCAAGUUGCAAAGUUCCAAAUUAUUUUCAUGAGAACACCCAUAAGUUUUCUAGAAAACCAGAGCUGAAUUUGACAGACGACUGACCCAAUUUUUUUUUCUCUUAUCCGCGUUUUCUUUCGAUUCGGUUUUUGUCUCUUUUAAUCGCGGUUUUACGGUUUUCGUCGUUUUUGUUGUAUUUUUUGCGGUUUUAAAAUGACGCCAAUGUACCCCUCGUCAACUUCUAUAAACUCACCGCAGGGGGCCCAGACCCCCCUGAGAACUUUGAGAGUCAAUUCAUGCCGUAACAAUAAAAAGUGCUGAGCAAAAAUCCAUCAAGUUUACUCACAACAUCCUUAACAAUCACUGACCAAUCCCAAAACAAGCUUUUCAUGCCGCUGUGAGCUACAAAACAAGCCUAUGGGCUUCUACGUGAACGAAGCAGCUGAAGGUUUAUUAGUUUGCGGCGUUAGUUUUUGGGAGUUUAUUCUUGAAGUGGGACAAGAAAGAAAGCGCUGGAACCUGAGAACACAUACCUCCAUUUUUCUCUGAUCCCCUUGAGGAUGGCUAGAAGGUGGUAGAGUUGGUAGAGUUAGGAAUUGAUCGUGGUAGGUAAACCAAGUGUACACAAAUCUCGGGUACUUAACUUUAAGCCUUGGAGCUGACCAGACAUCUAUCACCAAAUGGGCAACGUGGUAUGUAACUAAAAUUAUUGCUUUCUAUCAAUUUUUUGUCUAAAGCGUGCAACAUAAGGGUGGCAAAGGGUAAAGAGCUCGUUGAAUUAUCAUGAGCGUCUUAUGCUUAAAGGAGAUGGAUUUUGAGUGAGCAUUGACUUCUCUUAGUUCUAAACCGCGAAACGGCCAUAGCUCGUAAGUGCUCAAAUUCGGUUGGUUAUUUAAGAAUUAUUUUCUCUAUAGUAGCCGAGGAUGUCGCUAUUGAAAAAGUCGUGCAUAUUUACUUUACGCCUUUAAAGUUAUGAACACAAGCUGAACACAUAUCCGUAAAGAUUUUAACAGUUCAAACCGGAAGCAACGCAGCGGUAGACGAAUAUUUCUUAUACUUUUCUCUUUUCCUGCUCUUUUUUCCGUCUUUUUGGCUAGAUUAUUCUGUGUUGAAAAUCAGACAUUUUCCAUACUUGUAUUAAUUUGGCUUUAGGAAAAACUUCAACAUAUAUUCGACUUACCAAACAUACACUUUUCUAAGUUGUUACCUGGAAAAGGGAAAGUUUAUUAGAGUAGGCUUUUCAGUGCAUAGUAUGCGGGCAUUUACUUACUAUUUUGCUGUCUACAGUCCGCAGUCUGCAGGUGCAUGUUGCACCCACUUAUACAUUCUUACGACCUGAAUCUUCUCAUCACUGCCAGCACGUCUCAUUAUCCUGUCCCAGCAAGAACUAAUGAUGAUUUAAAAAGAACAUCGCUAAAAAAGCGUUUCCAAAUAAAUGAAAAUGAAAGGUUAAAACAUCUAUACAUGCAGUAAAACAACUUUAAAAUCACUAAACCACCUGGCGCUUAAUGCUCCUGUUAAUAUUAUUUCGCGUUCGCGAUUGAAAAGUAUAAUGUAAAAUUUUAUCAACACUAUCCGGCAAUAAGCUGCAUAUAGUUGCUAUCCGUUAUAUGUAGUUCCGAGGAGAACCUUAUGAAUAUCAAUGUCUAAUGUCCUUAGCUCGAUUCUAGAUUUGCUAGAAGUCGACUUCAUGAGUUUCUUAGCGAGCAAAGCGAGCUUAUUAGGCAACGAAACGGCCAAGUCGGACGAAGGACUUUUUUGAAAGUCUAGCUCGAUUCUUGUGUGGGAUAUUAUGCACAUCGAGUCAAACUUAAAACAUCAAAACAUCUCAUUCAAAUAUAAUAUAUAUUUAAGCAGCCAAGCCUUAAAUGGGUUUUGAUGUACUACGAAACAGUUUAGUACAAACGCAUCUUCUUUCUUUCGAAAUAUGUGUAUGUACGAACGCCUUUUGAUAUCGAUGACAACUUUUCAGCCUUGGAAAGUUAUGCGAUGAGCGGCAACAUUUUUACUAAAAGAGUUCGCCUCGUCUUUUAAAGAGGGAGGUAAAAUAAAACCAAAACAGUCUUAACAUUUACCAGACAAAUUACGCUGAUUUGCGAGCCCAAACUUAUGCUUUAUUUUUGUGUGUUGUUAGUCAAUAAGGCUAUUAAAGUUCAAAUGCCUUCGACAGGCCAAAAAAAGAGCACGCCUGUUCACCGGCCAUAAUGUGGCUAGUUGACUGUUUUACCGUGAGAACAUGGCAGGGGGCAUGGACCCUUUUGUCCAAAUAUCGACCGAGCGUAACAUUCGUUCCGUUUUGUUGAUGAAGAUAAAGAAUGCAAUCAAGUAGUUAUUUUAGUGAAUGCGAAAAAGUAUCAUUGUAAUGUCGCGUUAAACGUGGAAACAACAGCAAGAGUGUAAAAGCAAAAUCUGUAACGUAACUAAAAUAAACUAGUAAAGAGCUUCUUGAAGAGCAAAUAGUUUUAAAAUUAGUAGUAAUCAUUUAUGAGGAAAAUGCGUUCGGACAGAGCAAGUUGGUUCAGCGAUCCAACAAUAAAGCAUUGAAGUCGUGUGACUUAUCAUCACUGAUGCACGACAGCGAGUCUAGUGAUUUCAUCAAAACGAGGCCCAAUGACGUCAAGACAUACGGAGCUGAACAACCUCGUUCCCAGGGUACUCUUUCUUCCUUGAGAAAGAGAGAAAACCCUGGGAACGAAGUUGAAAGCUGAAUUCACUCUUGGUGCUAAAGACACAGGACGCCCAGGACAAGAUUAGGGUUGCUUGAACGCAAAUAUAACGUCGGCAUUCUAUUGUGUUAGAGAAGCUUUUUGUUUGGAAUUGCUUAAUUCAUGUUUUUAUACAUGUCUAUUUCAUUUUUAAAUUUAUUUUAGGUGAAAAAGAAAGAAACCCAGCCUCCUAUGGGUAGUGAUAGCGAACCGAUAAGAAGUCAAACAAGCCCUUCUCCGUCUUACUCAUCAGUAAGAGCUGAUGUGCCCACUGGUCCUUCAUCUUACAGACCACAGAGCACAUUGCACCGGAGGGACUCACCACUAUGGGCCAACUUAGACAAUGCCCUUGAGUCUUACAGACCACGCACCUUGUCACGCCACAGUGACCCAUCAAUGAGCACGUAUGGAGAAAGUGGCCCUUUUUCACCUCUAAGACCCCAUAGCCUUUCACACAGCAGUGAUCCAGGUGAUUCCGGAUAUGUUAAAAGCGCCCCUAACUUUAUGGCCCCUGGUCGUGGUCUUCAUCAUGCGGCAUCCACUCCUGAUCUUCGUACAUCAGGGCAAGAAUUUUCAAUGAUGAAUUAUCACCAUUCAUAUCCGGCGAAUGACGUCAAUUAUCACCAUGGAUACCCUGAUCAGUACGGUUCAAGAGCAGGUGCCUACCCACCAACACCCCAUAGGGAGGUGGAAGGAAGGCACCUACUUACAUCACAAUCAUUAAGUGAUCUCAGUAACCUUGGUUACGAUGCUGGUUAUGGAUCCCAGUCUCCAACCGCUAUUCAGAGAAGUUUUGCUUAUCCGAGUUACGAAGGUGAUCCACGCUAUCGAGAAAUGUUUUAUCUGCAGUCUGAUUCGGCCUCUCCAAGAAUUUACAAUGGUGAAUACAGGCUUCAUUCCGCAGGAAGUGUUCCAGAUUUAACCACAAGUUCUCCCCAGUUUAGUCCACCUUACUUCAACCCUCGUAAUGGUAGAGCCUCACCCACCCCCUCUCAGUAUAGCGAUUAUAGUUCGUUUUCGGCAUACACCGCCUCCCCUUCACCCUCCCCUCGCGAUGCCUGUUUUUCACCUCGUUCGCGUCUAAGCGAGAACGGUUUUUCGCUGAAUGAGAGCGGGUAUGGCACGAGAGGAAACGAGAGUGCGCUUAGCUUCACGGGAUGCGAUCAGAACUCGUCGAGAGAAUUCGAGUAUCUUCGUUAUAACGCGGAAAUUCCGAGUGGUUGUCGAAGAGGUGAGUCACCAUCUCCUUCGACCCCGCAACGUUUCUUCGGUUACUCUUCACCUCAGAACAUUGUUCCACCCUACAAAGCAAAGACUCAAAAUAAUUCCUUACAGGGAUUAGACCCCACGACGAAAACCGACUCUAGCCGAUCUUCUACCGUUGGCGGUCGAGAGAGACCGUCGUUGAUUCGAGCUAUGUCGCUUUCUAAUCUCGGAAAACAAGCGAAACAAUUAAUUACCGAGGAAGUUUCGGAAAAGAGGAGAGAUAGUCUACCGUUGUCUGUUGGAAGUCCCAGAGAGAAAUAUCCACUGGCAAGAGUUCCAAUUCCAUCGUUUAGGGAAUUCAAACAGAAAAAUUUAGAGAGAUAUUCGAAAAAUAUUCGUGUAGAUGAAAAUGCGCACGCUAAGGAGGUGGGGUUAAGGAAAACUCCAAAGACAGUUAAGCACGAAUCCAAGAGUGACACGGACGGGCGAAGUAGUCUAAAGGAGAGGCUCUCUUCUCUCUAUGAAAGCGCUAAAGACAUAUCGGCACAGAACACUACAAAAAGGCUUAGUAUAACAAACAAGAUGGAUUCGUCGGUUGGUGAAGCAUACAAGCUUAAUUCGUCGGGAAAUAGAAGGAUUGAUAAAAAUAUUGCAAAGUCAGGGGAAUCGAUUGAACCAAAACAUGAUAGUUCAAAGGAGACCAAAAUCUCUCGAAAGAUUUCGAGGGGACGGCAGGAGAGCCCUUUCUCCAAGAAUGAAGUGAUCCACCAAUUAAUGUUGAAGUACGGGUUGUACGAGAAAGGGGUCAGAAGAAAUCUCGCAGUCCCAAGGAUGGAAGAAAGGCCAUUUCGUCUGGCAAUAUCAGUUUAGAUGGCAAAGAAAGAGGAAAUGAUGAGAAGGAACCUCAGAGGUUAUCUUCAGAUGGAAAAGGAAAGUUAUUGGAAGAGAGAGAAACAAAUUGGCUGGGCGCAACAGAUCAAUCGACCGGUCCUACUUUUGUAGACAGACCACUUUCUUCUCGCAAAACCACUCAAGGUAUCACAGGUGAAGCUAGAAAGUCUGCCGCUGAAAGGUUCAGAGAAUUGAGAAGGAAAAACGGAAUUUGUAAAGACGUUUCUGAGGCUUUUCUAGAUGGAGCUGGCGUUACUAGCAGAGUCAAGUCAACGGAGAGCAGUUCAAUUGACAGGACGGUAGUGGAGAAUUAUGGUGAUACCAAGGCCUCUCACAAAAAUGAUUUGGAGUCAAUUGCGGAUAGAGCUCAAUCGCUCGCCUUGAAAAGUAAUUCGGCGAAAGAUGAAAUUUGUGCUAGUAACAGUGAACCAAUAAACGCCAAACCAGACUCGUCAAAUGUGACAAAGAACUCGUUUAGUUUACGCGGGACUUCGCGAGCGAUUUUAUGUGCCUCAAAGUUCAAAAGAGCCGCGAACAAAGAAUUGAGUACAACGAAAGAUUCACCAUUACCUGACAGAAAACAACUGUCAGAAAUAAUCGGCAAAACGGAGGAAACUACGAAACAGAAGAAUCAAGAAACUGAAAAGAACUCUGCAAAUUCCCCUACGAAUUUAAUGGAUGUCAAACGUAACCGAUCAUUCGACAGGGCGUCACCGAGAGCUCGACGCCGGCGAUUCCAGGAAGACAGAGGUCUUCGGAAAGGGGGAAUUCACACGAGCAUGCUCAGUGUGGCCAGCAGUGCUUGUUCGGACACCGAAGUGGACGAUACUGUUAGUAUCUGCAGUGAAAUGGAUGAUGAACGUGGUUCACGAAGCCGGCGAUGGGAGAGUUUCCAUAGCAACAUGAGUGCUGACAGUGGCUCGGCUCACAUGUUUGAGUUUGAAACAGAUUCCAACAUAACUGAGUACGAUGAAGUGUUCGAUUGUCAGGAUUCUGAAGGUAAUCUUUCAAUCAUUUGCUCGGCCACACUAGGCUUUGUGUUACAAAUACUGCCAAGAAUUAAAAAGGAUUUUAUUAUCAUUGUCAUUGUCAUUGUCAUUAUCAUCAUAAUCAUAACGAUAACAAAAUUGUUAAAUCUGAUCGGCUAUCAACUGCCCUGAUUUCAGCCUUAAUUGGACAGUUUAAUAGGACAGUACGCGUCAUGCCUAAGUAAUUGGACAGUACGCGCCUUUCACUGCUUAAACAAAUCGGACUCCCGUUACGCGGUCGUCCGAUUUUGUUAAUCACUCGUAUGAUUACAGACCGAAUUGGACUCCACUCAGUGCUGUUACCAUGACUUAUCAUUAUCAUUAUCAUCUACGUUGUGUUAGAUUCAUGAAAAGUCUAUUUGGUACUAUCACAAUCUACUGUAUAUUCAGUGGAUAAGUAAUUGCAAAAUGCUGUGGGAACGGAUUUGUUCAGUGGAAUUCGAUAUCCACCGUUUGAACAAUUAGGGCCUGACGAACUGUGCCGAAAUAUUGAAAAUUCUUCUGUCUUUUUUUCGUUUCAAAUGCGGAGGUUCUUUAGGCUUGCGUUUGUAUAUCAUUUGCAUUGAAAAAAGAUCUUAUGCCCAGGAGAGACUCCUGAUGGUAACCAGUCGUUUCGCUACAAAGAUAUUUUACUACACUCUGCUGUUAAGUCAAUUCACUAUAAAAAUUUGAUUUUUGCACACUUCUCCAUUUGAGAUAUACAAGAGAAGCAACGAAAAUGUUUAAGCCAAAUCCACUUAAACGAUGAGAAAUUGUCACAGUUUACAUAGGCAAGCUCGUAGCGAAAAGGUUACAAUCUUUAGCGAAACAACCGGCUACCUUCUGGUUGAUCCAAUCGCCUUUUAUCAUCAGAUGACCACCCUAAAUUUGAAGUAGAUGUGGAGCGCACAGACAGCGGUGUCGGAGGAGACAUGGGACAGAGUCCCUUGAGGCGGUCCUGGGAAGAGAUUAUGAUGAAGAGCUCUGAGCACUGGUCCAUUGUAGCUGCCUCAGCUCGACACUGGCAAGAACUGGCGCGAAGGAAAAAGGCCAAUGAAAAUGAACCGAGUACCACACCGAGAAAGAAGAGUUCUACGCAUUCUAUUACAGAAGAUAUGGUGAGUGUACGAUUCCUUUAAUUUUGUUCAUUCAUUCAUCUCUGCGUUCGUCCGUCAAUCAAUUCACCCAUCCCUUUUUGUUUGUUUCUUUCGUUCGAUCGUUCGAUCAUUCACCCAUUCAUUUUGUUUCAUUCGUUCGAUCGGUCGUUCGAUAAUUCAUUCAUAUUCACUCAUUCAUGCAUUGAUUCAUUGAUUCAUUGAUUCGCUCACUCGUUCAUUUGUUCAUUCUUUCUUUCAUUCAUUCAUUCAUUCAUUCAUUCAUUCGUUCGUUCUUUCAUUCAUUCAUUUGCUGGUGUCUUUUGUUCGUUCGUUCGUUUGUUCAUUUAUUAUUUACUCAAGCAUUUCAAAAAGUGACGAGGACUUGCUUUCUAUCUGAACGAAUUCCAAUAUGCGUUGAAUCCAUGUCAUGUCAGUAAGCUUAGUUUGUUCUGUUUUCGCAAGGUUUUUGUUCAUCUCUAUAACCAAAAUACAUGGAAGAAUCCGUACUCCCACACAUUCCCAUAACAGAGUAGCCAACGACCAAUAGUAUUGUUUUCAUUCGAAAACAUAUUGUUUUCGCCAUCUUCAGGUUGAAUGUCCAGAUUGUCUAAAGCACUAUGUUCCACCCGAGGAAGAAAGCAACGCUAGCGAGCCCCAGAUUUGCGCCAAAUGUAAAGAUCGCAAAGUGGAAAGAAAGGAGGCCAUUAUCGAGCUUGUACAAACGGAAAUCAACUAUGGAAAUGAUCUGCAAAUUCUUAAAGAGGUCAGCUUUACUGCACUUGACUUUAACCCUUCUCGCCUCCAUAGUAUUACCUCAUAAAAUGCUAUUGUGUGACCAUUUAAAUGAAAGCUACUGAGCAGUACUUUCCUGUGGUACUGUUUAUUAUGCUGUACAAGGUGGUUUUAACUUUUGAGUCUGUGGAUAAAAUCCUAUGGUGUGACCAUUCAAAUGAAAGCUACGGAGUAGUACUUUCCUGCCGUUCCUCUGUGAAGCAAUCAACUCCGGUGCCUUCGGUGUCUCCUGUGUCCCCUUGUGUCCACCUGUGUCCCCCUGUGUCCCCUUGUGUCCCUGUGUCUUCGAUGUCCCCGUGUGUCCCUCUGUGAUCCCCAAUUAAUCCUUCAAAUCAUUUGUUUACAUUUUUAACCCCCAGUUUGUUUGAAUUUUGAACUGUGAUCGCGUGACUUACAAAGGGGAGCUACUUAUUGAUGCAAUGUGUUUUUUUUUUCAUAUGUAUACGUGCAUUUAAAAUUUGUUUUCUACAAUCUUCGGCUUGGAUCAUUGAGGUGUUUUGACGUGCGUUUUUAAUUAAACCUAGCAAAGAGUGUCAUAUUUUGAUUGGUCAGUGAUCGUUUGGAGUCAGAUGUCUUCUUUUCUAAUGCCCAGUUAGAUCUUUUGCCAUAGUAAUCAAGUAAAUCAAGUCCUCCCAAGUUUCUAUACUUAUUUGUCCAAGAAUGCAAGCAGUCACGAGUGGGCGAGCAGGCUCGCGGCAACUUCGUACCCAGGGCCCAGUUGUUCGAAGGCCGAUUAGCGCUAACCCAGGGUUAAAUUUUAACCCGGGUCCCUUUUUUUUCAUCAAAAGCAUUUUCGCGGACAAUUUUCUCUAUUCUUUUUAGAGUAGCUAGUCAUCAAAUUGUUGAAAAAAAGAAUUAAACUGAAUUUGCUUUUUAAGCUUUCAUAUCUGAAUUCAAAUUUCGAACUAAUCUAAUCUAAACUAUCGUAACCCAGCUUUGAACAACUCGGCCCAGGGCAUUAGGAAAAGCCGUGGAAACGAGGCUUGAUCUAGAUCCAAGUUCCCUUAAGUUUUUCCUCCCAUGCGACUAUCUAACCUUGCGUUCACUGAUCAGACACAGAUAUGCUAUUGGUUCGGGUGGUGGGGUAACAAUGUUAUAUGCUGUGAUCGUGAGAAACUAGUUCUAAACCAUGGAAGCUUUUUUCGUAGGAAUUCUACUUACCGAUGCAGUCUGGCGGAAUUUUAAGUCCGGAAAACCUGGCUGCCAUCUUCCUUAAUUUGCAGGUAACUAAUGCACUUAUCAAUUGAAACUCCGACCCCCCCCCCCCCCCGGCCAAGGUGGGGAUUUGACAUCAUUACAAAUCUUAGCAAACUCCCACCCUACUGGGGCAUAUUGACUGGUAAAACCCCCACCCAGGUGGGGAAACCUUUUUAAUUCCCUGACUGACUUUAUUAAUAUUUCGUUCGAAUUUUCAACUUCUUAAUGUUGACAAAUUUACUACAGCAAGAAGGCAAAUAUGAUAACAGACCAAGAUAUAAAUAAAACAAAUAUUUGACAAUAAGUAAACAUAAUGACCCCUACCCACUUAUAAAAAGUCAGGGUACAAAAUGGAUGAUGGAGUAGCACAUUGCUAUAAAGUUAUAUUGAAAGGAAAUCCGUACCAUCUCCAUUGAAAGUAAUAUCUGCAAUGACAAGUUUAAUUGAAAAUAGCAGCCAACAUACCUUAACCUUCACAAGCUGAUGUUAUAAAUAGACUGCAUAAAAUAGUUCCUAGGAGCUAUAUUUUAUAUUUUGGCUUAAAGAAUGAGGAAAUAUAGACCUUCAGAAACCACAUGGGUUUAACACUAGACGUUAAACGAGCUGUGUCAUGAAAUUUACCACAAUGUAGGCUAUGGGAACUGCCACCAAAUUGAGUGAAACAUAAAAAUAACCGCUUAAGACAUUAAAAGAUGGUAUAAAUGACUCAGCAAAUACAAAAGAAGGUACAGACGGGAAAACAUGAAGAAGAUUAAAACGGAUUGAAAUUUUGGUUUUUGAAAACUUGUUAACCUAACAGUUUUUCAAAGUUCAUUGUUUUCGUCCGUAACGCUUGAUAUGCUUGGAAGAAACAUCUGUUUAAAACGAAGCUUUGAUUUCUUCAUUUCUUUGCCCACGUGACGCUCAAAAGCGAAUAGGGACCACGUAACUGGCAAUAUUAACAAAAUGAACCAGAUGGCCGUGACACAGCACCGUCGGGGUUUCAAUCGAUAAGUGCAUAAGCGUACUCGAUUAUUUAAACUCGACCACGAGGGAUACGUUUUAUCAGUUUCAUGGAGGGAAAAUGUAAUUCGGUUAAUAUGUAAUAACUUUGAGCAACAGACUGGGAUAUUUGUCCUUAAAUCAGCAUAAAAACCCAAGCGAGAUGUUGGGAAAACGAUGAUUUUGGUAGGUUUUAACACACACGGAGACUCGCUAAAGAACCCAGAAGGAAUACUGUGCAGAGAGGGAAAAGCCCAAUUUAGCCCUUGGGAUUUGUGUAUUUCACCAAGGUUAUUUUUAACCAAUGAAACGCUUGAAAUUUACAGGAAGUUGGAUUCCUGAGAGAUCCGCAAACCGUAAUUUCAGUAUUUUCAAUGGAAAGUCUUUCAGACCAGGUUUUAUGAGCCCGCGAGACUAAGCACCCCACACAAGCCCUUGUUUUGACUUAAACCGCUGGACGCCCAACCUUGUUGAGGUGAUUGUUAUAAAAGGUCUUCCUUUUCAGUGGGACAUAAUUCAUUGUUUGCUUUGAGGCAGUUCUGCAUGGACUUAUGACCUUGCAAACGAUAAAAGUGUGUGGACAGCUCAGGAAUUAGACUUCUAUUCAAUUACAACCUCUAAAUAUUCACAUGUCCUGGUCAGUGUCCUAAGAUUCCCUCUCUGUCCAUUAAUUCUCUUUUGAAGAACACAUUUCUAAGACCAAAAGAGUUGCUUAUCUCUCCAUACUGGUAAAGUAAAAUCACCCACGAGAAUACGAUUUGGGAGACGGAUUAGGGGUUGAUUUGAAAACCCUUGCGUACCUCCGGAAAAUUCCUUGCUACGCUCUUGGUGUCUGAUAUUAAAUAAUGAUUGGUGAUUUUGCAGAGUACUAUUAUCCCAAUUCUUGGUUGCACUAGGUCACAAGUCUGCAUAGCAGUCGUUCCCUUACCUUUAUGUAGGCAAAGACUCCAGUUCAAACUUUGUGACCACGGAUAGAAGAAGAGCUAAAAUGUAUGUUUGCAUUUGCCUUCAAGGAACUACUUGAGGUAAACUCCAAGUUUUGCGCCAAACUACAGAAAAGUUUAGAAGAUUCGGUUGCAAAUGGAGACGAGGUACAUGCUUAUAAUUAUUCUAAUUCACCACUUUAGAAAGCAAAAGGGACCUAGAGCUUAAAUUUGUCACGCAAUGGUUCUUAGAAUCAUCUACAGUCGCCCAUCGAGCAAACUUUUUCUCUGUCCUUAGUAACAGUCCUAGAAGUCUUUGCCAAAGUUAAUUCGACCCAGUUUCCUUUUGGUUUCUAAAAUGGUGCCCAAAAAUAACCACCAAGUCACUUUAAAAAGAACAUUUUUUCUUUUUCGCUUUGUUGCUGUUGUCACUAUUGUCACUGUUGCCACUGUUGUCACUGUUGUCACAGUUGUAACUGUUAUCCUUUUGUCACUGUUGUCACCAUUUUCACCGUUGUCGCUGUUGACAAAGUUCACUGUUGUCACUGUUGUCCCGGUUGUCACUGUUGUCACUGUUGUCACCUGUUAUCACAGUUGUCACCGUUGUCACUGUUAUCACUGUUUUCACCGUUGUCACCAUUGUCACUGUUGUCACCGUAUUCACCGUUGUCACUGUUGUCACUGCUGUCACCGUUGUCACUGUUGUCACUGCUUUUUCCGUUGUCACUGUUGUCAGUGUUGUCACUGUUGUCUCUGUUGUCACUGUUGUCACCGUUGUCACUGCUGUCACCGUUGUCACGGUUGCCACUGUUGUCACCGUUGUCACUGUUGUCACCGUUUUGACUGUUGUCACCAUUGUCACUGUUGUCACUUUUGUCACCGUUGUCACCAUUGUCCCCGUUGUCACCGAUGUCAUCGUUUUCACCGUUUUCACCGUUGUCACUGUUGUCACCAUUGUCACCUUUUUCACCGUUGUCACCGUUGUCACUGUUGUCACUUUUGUCACUUUUGUCAGCAUUGUCACCGUUGUCACUGUUGUCACUCUUGUCACUGUUGUCACUGUUGUCACCGUUGUCACUGUUGUCACUUUUGUCACUGUUGUCGCUGUUGUCACCGUUGUCACCGUUGUCACUGUUGUUACUCUUGUCACUGUUGUCACUUUUGUCAUCGUUGUCACUGUUGUCACCAUUGUCACUGCUGUCACUGCAGUCACUGUAUUCACCGUUGUCACCGUUGUCACUGUUGUCACUGUUGUCACCGUAUUCUUCGUUGUCACCCUUGCCACUCUUGUCACUCUUGUCACUGUUGUUACUCUUGUUACCGUUGUCACCGUUGUCACUGUUGUCACUGAUGUCACUGUUGUUACUGUUGUCACCGUUGUCACCGUUGUCACCGUUGUCACGGUUUUCACUGUUGUCACCGCUGUCACCGUUGUCACGGUUGUUACUGUUGUCACUUUUGUCACUGGUGUCAUCCUUGUCACCAUUGUCAUAGUUGUCAUCAUUGUCACCGUUGUCACCGAUGUCACCGCUGUCACCGUUGUCACUGUUGUCACCGUUGUCAUCGUUGUCACCAUUGUCACCGUUAUCACCAUUGUCACCGCUGUCACCGUUGUCACUGUUGUCACCGCUAUCACCGUUGUCACCGUUGUCACUGUUGUCACCGUUGUCACUGCUGUUACCGUUGUCACUGUUGUCACUGUUGUCACUGUUGUCACCGUUGUCACCGUUGUCACGGUUGUCACCGUUGUCACCGUUUUCACUGUUGUCACUGUGGUCACCCUUUUUACCGUUGUCACUGUUGUCACCGUUUUCACCGUUUUCACUGUUGUCACUGUUGGCCCCGUUGUCGCUGUUGUCACUGUUAUCGCUGUUGUCGCUGCUUUCACUGUUAACCCUUUUGUGCGCCGUUUUUACUGUUGUCACUGUUGUCAUCGUUUAACAGAACAACACCUCUCUUUUUUCUGGUAGUGUUUAGACUUCUCGGGUUUCGACCUGCGCAGGUUAGACAGUGUCGUUCUUGCGUAAGGUUAUUUUUGUUUUGUAAUUAAUUUUUGAUUUCUUGUUCUUUUUAGGAGUUUUCUGACGUUAACGUUGGAAGCAUUUUCCUCGAGAGCGUCGAUUUUUUUCAGGCUUAUGAAAUAUAUUGUUCAAAACAGGUAAGGUAAUUGCUUACUCUGAUUACAGGAGGUAAUUACAUCUGGACAUGUAAUGUGUAAUGUAGUUAUAAUUUUGAUUCUUAAGUGUGACCAUAUAAGGGAAAGUUACUUGAAUAUUAGUAGUAUUUUUCUGUGGUAUUGGUUAUUAUGCUACCCAAGGUGGUUCUAAGUUUUGGUUCUGUGAUGAAAUCUAUGAUGACCAGUGACCAACUCGAAAGCCUAAGCUUCUUUGGUCACUGUGCACAUUCCGCCUUUGAUGUUUUAUGUAAUUUAAUGUUGUUUUAUUUUACUUUUGUGAUGUAUUGUAAUUUCUUGUUUUAGUUGUAAACUAUUGAAAUAGUGCAAUAAAUAAAAAUCUGAAAUCUGAAUCUGUUGUAACCAUUCAAGUGAAAGUUACUGCGCAGUUCGUUCCUGUGGUGCUGUUUAUUAUGCUGUACAAGGUGGUUUUAACUUUUGAGUCUGCGGUGAAAUCUAUGGCGUGACCAUUCGAAUGAAAGCUACUGAGCAGUACUUUUCUGUGGUACUGUUUAUUAUGCUGUACAAGGUGGUUCUAACUUUUGAGUCUGUGGAUGAAAUCCUAUGGUGUGACCAUUCAAAUGAAAGCUACUGAGCAGUACUUUCCUGUGGUACUGUUUAUUAUGCUGUACAAGGUGGUUCUAACUUUUGAGUCUGUGGAUGAAAUACUUAAGUGUUACCAUUGAACAAUAUUCUCACGUGAAAUUUUCGCUGAAGUUUGAUUUGGACUAGAAUUACGUAAGUGGAGCGUCAUUUGUUACCUUAUUUUAUUCAUCCAUCAUCCGCCAAAACCUGCGAAUGCAACCCUCUCUCCUUGCUCCUUGGCUCUAGGGACGUUUCUCUCCCGUGAAGCUUCCUUAGUAAUGAGGAUUAAGGAAAGACAGCUGUAUUGGCAGACGAUAAAUUUGUUUGUUUGCCUUUUUUGUUUUCUUUAAGACUGCCGCUUCUGCCUUGUUGGAAUCCCUUCAGAAGAAAACGGAACUGCUUAGGAUAUUUCUGAACGUAAGUACAGUUUGAUGUACCUUGGAUACCAGAGACUUUUCGUUCGUGGUUUGAUCAGGAGAAAUAACGUUGGCCUCAAUAAAUAACAGAGUGGUAUACAAUUUGCAGUUGGCAUCAUUAAAUUUGAGGCGGAUGUUUUUUUUUGGUUUCAGGUGACUUGUAGGGAAAAUCCAAAGUGUCGAAAAAUGGACUUGAAUUCUUUCAUUCUGGCACCCGUUCAAAGGAUCAUGAAGUAAGUGGCGUCAAGAGAUGAAAGUCCAUCCACUGAGACUGCCGCUUCUUUCAUUUAUUGAUUACGCCUCCCUCUGACACACUAAAUCUUAAAAUCGAGACUUGCGGAAGUCAACCAGUUUACCGGAAACUGUUUCCGCAAGGUCCGCAUAGUUUCUAAAAAUAACUUUUUUGAAGUUAAUAUAUCCCGUUUAACAUCCCUAGACUCCCUCUCUAUCCUACUAUGACCUCCUGGUUACGCAGACUUACGUUUUAUCAUCGCGAAACGCAAAAUUCGAGGUUUACUGAAAGCCAGUGAGGGCCUAAACACUUGCCGAGAAUACUGGGAGAUAUUUUCAUUGAUUACAUGUAGUUUCUCUGGUUUCAGCCGUCCUACAGAGAGCCAGCCGGUUUGCCUCAGUAUUUUCGUCCAUCUUGUCAGACAGUUAGACAGUCAGCCGGCUAACAUUUGAAUCGGUCUGAUAGAUAAUUUGACGUUCAGUCAGUCAGUCCAUAGUCGUCCUUUCAUCUGUCGGUCAGACCUUAAGUCAAGUAAUAUGUCUUCUUUUUCAAGUUUUGAUAAAGACCAUUUAGCGAAUAUCUGUAAAUUUCAGCGACUUUGCGGAGCUAUGCGUUGUUAGUUUUCAACAAAUCACGUUCAAAUUUGGCAUUUUUACAAAUUUCGAGUCAUUGUUUUUAGUCAUAUUGAUGGAGUUUUGCUAAGUGGUCCCAGUCAAAAAUUGCAAAAACCGUGGAAGGGUAAAUCAGUCCUUUGGCUUGUAGGCCAUUCCACCAAUCGAGUGCCUUUCCGUUCGAUGUUUUGUGUGACUAUUCGCCAUAUUCUUCUGCGUCCUUUUUAUUGCUCAGAUAUCCACUGUUGCUAAGCAGAAUAUGCAAAGCAACUCCUCGGAGAAACACAGACCGCGAGAAACUCAAAGUGGCUCAAAGAAAGAUUGAAGAACAGCUCAAUAAAAUUAAUGCAGUAAGUAAUUUACAAUAAUUUCAGUUUUCGAAGUUAGUCAAUCGUCUUUAUGCUUAACUCAAACCGUAGAGUUGUAUUGUUUUAACUGAUUCGCACCAAGUGGUGCCUAUCUCUAACCUCUUCAGUUAGGGAUGUGGGAGUUGGUUAUGCAUUGUCGAUGCUUAAUAUACGAAAACCCCAGUUAUUCAAAAAGGAGAUGGUGACUUUGGCAUUGAUAUCGGUCUUCAUGGCUUGACGAACGAAGACCAGCAGUAAACGUCGCGAUCAUUAUCAAAGCGGGUGUCUCCAAACACACGGUUACGUUAACACGAUUACCGUAUUUAUUCGAUUAACCGCCCUGGGCGCUUAUUAAAUUUUUGAUUUGAGUCAUUCGAGGUGGGCGCUUGUUCGUUCUGUUUUAUGAUUAUUUUGCAACAAAACAAUAAAUGGUAAUAACAAAACUCGAAGAUGAAAAGUCAAGGUUCCUGUAAAAUUUUGAAGAAAACCGGGAAGUUGCCAAUUUUGGGGGUGGGGUGGGGGUGGUCGCAAUGGGAGUGGGAGGGAAGUGGGGUGGGCGCUUAUUCGAGGCUGGGCGCUUAUUAACUGUUCUCCGCUAAUUCUCCUCCUCAGUUCUGUUUUGAUAUUCAGCCUCUGUUCAUUUAUUUGACAGCUGUCAUUUAUCAAGUUAAACACAAGCUAAAGGCUCCCACAUUAAUUAGAAAGGUUGACAUUUCACUUUGGUAACCCUGUGGUGCUUACGGACGGGCGUACGGUCACGUGAUUACCAAAAUUUCUCGGAUUCGCCACUUGCACAUCUCCCAUAAUGCACCUUUUUUGUCCCCCCCCCCCCAAAAAAAAAUAAAUUUUGAAUAACCCUUGUUUUUCAUUUCUCCUGGGUAUUACAACCGUCCCAAGAGAAAUUAAAAACAAUGCAACAAUGCUUAUGCAAAAUGGGGGAGGGGGGGGCGGGGGGACGCAAAUAAGGUGCAUUAUGGGAGAUGAGCAAGUGGCGAAUGGACAGAUUACCAAAUUUUCUUAGGUAUGAGAUUCCGCGAAGCGCACGCGUGGAGUUCCGCUAUAGCCUCCUAAACUAGCGUCAAUUUCAUUUCGUUUCAGUUAAACACCACCGUUGAGUCGCGCCAAAAGCGAUAUCGUGCUAGUCAGCAGCUAGGACGAUCAGACUCGCUUGAUAAACUGCAAAUGAAGAAAAUGGCGUCCGAUAUUCUUAACUGGACCAUGGAAGAGAUGCAGUUACUGAUGCACGGAGUCUUUCAGGUCUGUUCAGCCUUUUCUUCAUGCAUUAUUUCCCGUUCUUCUUCUUCUUCAGGGGCACUGCAUGAUUUGACGACUGUUUUCUGUAAACUAUCUGUUCCGAGAAGCAAACAAUCCCUAGAAUUUUCUAUUGCUUGAGGACGGUUAAAAACUCUGAAAGACCGUGCCACACAGGUACAAUUUUCAAAGCUUAUCUAAUAAAUAUCCGACGAUAUUCUGAAGUUAAUUUUUCACAUUUUACUCACCAUAGUGGGCUAAUUUUCGUAGAAAAAGGAAACCUAAAAUUUUCGCUUUCAAAAUUGUGAUGGAGAGAGGAAUAAGAAAAAUCCUCACAUUCCUGAAACGUUAAAUUGCAUGUAAAAUUUUCGAAAAAUAAUAUUGAAGCUCCUUUUGUUCCGAGAAGACUCAAGUUCCCCUAAGGUGACCGAACAGAUACAAAUUUAAUAGCGCCGCUUAGAAUGCAUUUUACAGAUCUAAGAGUACUCUGGAUAACCAAAAAUGAUUUUUCAAUGUAUGUAAGAGGAAACCGUCGUUGGGUGCCCCUGUUUCCCAAAAUUAUGCGCGAAAAAAGUAGUUACAAGCGCAGAAUAUGAUGGGUUCGAACCCCCGCUGAACCGCCAACAAGGGUUGGUUUUUACUUUGCUGUUCCUACUUUUCAGGUCACUAUUCAUGAGUUUGGCGCUGCCUGGAACCGACGCAACAGCAAGAAGGCGCUCUCCGUGUGCGCACUUUUCUGUGUCAGAGGUCACUCAGAGGUGUGUAUCCUGAAUUAACAUAAGCGAAUAAUACAAGGUAAUGUAGUUUACUAUGCUAUGGUUAAACUGCAACUGUCUGUAAACCAUGCGAAGUGUAUUCUUUUAAGAUUAGUACGUGAAUGAGGCUAUACGCGUAACAAACGAUUUCAACGUUUUAUGUCUUGUAAACUUUGUAUCUUGCCCUUUAAACCAAAAUUCCUUUCAACCUUUUUGAAGGGGUUAUUUUGGACUUUCUACGGAGGGAAAUUUGCGUUUCAAAUUGACAUUAAAAUGGCAAAUUUACGUUUUUGCUUUGUUUUACUUUGUAUUUGAAGGCAAUUUUAACAAGCCUCCGGAGGGCUUAUUUUGGUUCGUUGUUUAAAUUUUUUGGCUCAAUUUUUAGGAGGUUUAUAUUUGAUUCAUUUUCGAAAAUUACGUUUUUACUUUUAUGCUUUUAUUUUAAAUCAAGAUUAAAAUAUCGCUUUUUGUUCGUUUUUUUUUUGGCGUUUUGUAUUCAUUCAAAAACGUUCUUGUCUAAUGGUUUCAUCCAGGUUUUUUUAUACUGUUCGAGGUUUGUUUCUGUAAGUUACAAACUGAAUAUUUUUCCCUUCGAAUUUGUGACCAUUUUAAGGCAAAGCUUGCCGUGUUCUCUCUGGCCAGAGGCGUGGGCCGUAAUACCGAAAGAGGAAAAGAAGUUCGUUUCUUACCAACCAUGUUAAGAAAAAUUAUUAUAUCUCAGGGUGUUUUAGAUAUAACAAACGAAAAACAGCGGCCCUUUCAAAAGACAAUUUACCAACCGCUUAACGCCUGCUAAAUGAAAUUUAUGUAACCACGUUUUUUAUUCCUCUUUUCCCGUUAAUUUUUUGCCUUUACUUUAGUCAUUAAGAAUUGAUUCUGACGACGAGGGGCAGUGUGACGAGUUGCUGUUUCCUGGGGAAGGAGAAGUGACAGAUGCCGCCGUUGUGUUGCUCAGAAAAAAGAUAAGUGGAAAGUACACUCUUUUUAAGGUAAGUUACGUAAAGAGCUGCAUUCCGGUCACCCCGGUCAUCCCGGUCAUCCUAAACAUCCUGGCCAUCCUGGCCAUAUAGGAGUCAAUUUAAUAAGACUUUUACACGUUCAAUUUACAAGUGUAGCCGUUGUUUUAGAGCCCGAGAAAAAUAGCUACACUUGUAAAUUACAGGUGUAAAAGUUUUAUUAAAUUGACCUUAGGUCAUCCUGGUCAUCCCUUUCAUCCCAGUUAUCCAGGUCAUCCCAGUCGACUUGGUCAUCCUGGUCAUCUUAUUCAUCCCUUUCAUCCCACUUAUCCCAGUCAUCCACGCAUUAUAGUAUCUCAGCUAGUUAUCUGCACGUUGUUUAAGACAAUGAUAUUUCAAAGCAACAGACCGAGUUAUGUGAGUUGAGGCAAGCUGCGCAUGUCAAAUUAUAAUAUUUCAUUUAUUUGCUUUUCCUUAUAAUUUUCUUUCUUCUUUUUCAUUAUUUUGCAUUUCAUUAUUUCUAUGUUCGAUUUUUUUAUGAAUGGUUGUACAUACUUGGCUGCUGGUGGCUACGCCACUGUAAUCAGCUGAGUUCUUAACUUUAAUAUUUCAUUUGUUUUUCCUUGUAGGAUCCUUUGUUUCUGGACAUGUGCGUUAUUUUUAGAGACUCUGGUAAGUAGAAAAAUAGAACUACUCUGUAGGGUAUUCAUUUACAGUGAUUUGUGUUACUAACACUCCAUUCCGUUCAAGUGCCAGUAGUUCCGUAGUCUCCUUCGUUACUAAGGUCGUCAUACAACGUUCCGUUAGUGGGGAGGAGCGUUGCGUGACGACCCUAAUAACCGUAGACUUGCUACCAGUCCACCUCAUAAUAACUGCUGCGAAGGAGGCUAAUCGAUCCAAAGCAACAUGUUUCGUUUAUUUUUGUUCCAGAGCUGAAAGACGCAUUUGAAGUGCUGUCAGUUGGUAAAGAGUCGUACGUUUUCCGAGCCUCAACCAGCCGUGAAUACAGAAGAUGGCUCAAGUACCUCAGGCUUGAAUCCAAGGAGCUUGGAGCUUGGAAAAGAAGGAGAAAUGGCCUGCCAAAUAUCAUGAUUAAAAACUUGUAGGAAGAAGCUAUCUGUGAGUCUUUAAACUUCAUCGAAACCUUAAAAAAUCCUCUUACAUGCACUAUUGUUAGUUCGCUCUAUGUAAAUCCGGAAUCCGGAAUCCGGAAUCCACGUUCCGCUAACAAUGAAUCCAGAACGCAGUAUCUGGAAU